AUGGGUAGUCACAGGUACAAAUUCAUGAAGGCACGAGGCAAGAUGAAGCGCUGGCUCUGCAUCAAGACUAACUGCAAGUGCAGCGCCUUCGUAAAUCAAUAUUUAAAUAUUUGGAGCAGGAAGCUGACUAAGAAUUUCUUUUCAGAACCGAAGUUUGAAUUAUCACAAAGAGGGAACUUGGUCGUGCAAAUUGGCGAAUGGCGGUUCAACAAGCACGCCUGCUGGGGGUCCAAGGUCCGAUGGACUUGCAUCAAGAAGAAGACGGGCUGUACCGCCGCCAUCACCACUGUAGACAAUGUCAUUGUCAAAACCCUUGGAAAGCACAAUCAUUGAUUAGUUUAGGCGAGUUCAAAAAUUGGAAUAAAAAAUAAUUUAUAAUAUAAAUUAUAUGUUAAUUAAUAGUUUAGAUAACAGAACAAAAAUAUUUUGUUCGGUAAUCUGAGGUUGAUAGUUACUUAACUUUGUUCGUACAUGUUAGCUGUUUUCACGUAAACUUUAGUACUAAGUUGACAUAAUUAGUACCUAAUUAGUGAGGCUUAACUCUUUAAUUGGAAGAAUAAGAAGAAAUUUUGAAUGAAAUGGAUGGAGUUAUAUUAUUCAUGUUCAUUCAAAAGUGAAUCACUCAUAUAAAUGAUAUAUAAUUGUAUAAAUUCAGUUUGACCAUCGAUAGUUUGAUCUAAUUCGAGUGUUGCUUGUGUUACGUAAAUUUUUGUAAUAAAUGUUUUUUUCAUUAUUUAGAAAGUGUGUUUUACAGAAAUCACUCAUCGAUAGGGAGAGAUCACUUAUUAAAAUAAUAUAAACCUAAAUGUAAAUUCACUUGAAUUUACUGUUAGUCUGAGGUAAUAAUAGUGUUGUUUGUGCUUAAAUAAAUAAAUAAUAUUAUAUGAAUUGGUACAAACUUUUGACCUUUUAGUACCUGCUACUCAACAGGUUUCUUGUCUACGGUCCAUCCUGAAGAAGUCUGCCAGGAUGUAUAACAACUGACAAUUGAUAUAGUUACGUAAUAAAUUAUUUAUAAGUACUUUUUUGAUCUUUCGAUUUGAAAUGAUUGAUUUUCUUAUUGUGCCUAAUAUAGUUAUAAUAAAGUUUUUUUUUAGGAUAGAUUCCUACUUUAUAACGUUAAAUAAUGACUUUCAAUUAUAAAAAAUGUGGUUAUGAUUUUAAUUUUUUGAGCACGUAACUGCUUGAUGUUUAAAUGUAAAGAAAAUAUUAUUAGAAAAAAU